AUGAAUGUGGUUGGAAAGGGAAAUGUGAAGCUGCUAUUGAAUGGAGUUAACCAUGUUGUACAUGAAGUGUACUAUGUUCCAAAGCUAAAAAAUAAUCUCUUGAGCAUAGGACAACUUCAAGAAAGAGCUCAGACUCCAGUCCCUACAAAUGCUCAGCCAGAAAGAUGUCUUCAUACAAGCCUUCAAGAUCUCUCUUCCAUUUGGCAUCGACGAUAUGGCCGCUUGAGUUACAAAGCAAAGUGUGAGGCACUGAAUUGCUUCAAGGUUUUCAAAAAGAUGGUGGAGAAAGAGAAAGGGUUGUUUGUCAAGUGCUUGCGGACAGAUGGAGGGGGUGAAUUCACUUUAAAUGACUUCAAUGAUUUUUACAAACAAAGUGGAAUCAAGAGACAAUUAACUAUUGCAUAUACACCACAACAAAACGGCGUAGCUGAGAGGAAAAAUCAAACUGUGAUGAAUAUGGUGACGGACAUUGGCAGUGAAGAUCGUCACACCACAAGAGGCGUGGAGUGGAGUAAAGCCCUCAGAAGAAAAGCAGUGGGAUUUGGAGUGAAUUUUGAGGUGCAAAUCUUGUUAGACUUGGAGUGGGGAGAGAAUGAAGAAAACAAUGAGGGUGAAGAGAGGGUGAGUGAAAAUGAAGAUGAAGAUGGCAAUGGUGAUAGAGGGGAAAGAAGUGAUAGUGAGGGCAAUGAAGAAGCAUGGGGUAGAGAAGUAGGAAAUCCUUAUGGGCCUGAUGAGAAUGAAGGGAAAGUGAACGAAGGGAGAGUGAGACAUCCUCCUCCUUAUUUGUACUAUUAUGUUAGUGGAGAAAGUUUGGGUGAAGACGAGGUACACAUGGCACAAGUUGUGGCAACUGAAGAUCAUUUUCAUCUUGAAGAAGCAGUGAAGAAUGUGAAGUGGAGACAAGCUAUGGACAGUGAGAUCAACUCCAUUGAAAAGAACAAGACAUGGACAUUAACUGAGUUGCCUGCUAGAGCUAAAAAGAUCGGUGUCAAGUGGGUUUACAAGACCAAGUACAAUGAGCAUGGGGAGAUUAACAAGCAUAAGGCACGCUUAGAAGCCAAAGGCUACUCACAGAAGCACGACAUAGAUUACACAGAGGUCUUUGCACCAGUGGCAAGGAUGGACACAGGGUUAGAGAAGAAAGGCAAGAAGCAUUUGGUCUAUAAGCUACACAAGUCUUUGUAUGGAUUAAAACAAGCUCCACGAGCUUGGUUUAGUCGAAUCGAAGCAUAUUUCAUCAAUGAAGGCUUCCAGAGGUGUGACAUUGAGCAAACUUUGUUUACAAAGAGGAACAGAGAAGGACAGAUUAUCAUUGUAAGUAUCUAUGUUGAUGAUUUAAUUUUUACUGGUGAUGAUGAGGAUAUGAUGUCUGAAUUCAAGAGUUAUAUGUUAAGAGAAUUUGAUAUGUCUGAUUUGGGAAGCAUGAGAUUUUUCCUUGGCAUUGAAGUACUUCAAAGAGCAUAUGGUAUCUUUAUAUGUCAAAAAAGGUAUGCACUGGAAAUUCUAAAAAGAUUUGGGAUGCUAGAAAGUAAUGAGGUGAAUAGUCCAAUUAUUCUAGGCUUUAUGAUCAGUAAAGAUGAAGAUGAAAUCACUGUGGAUGAGACGUACUUCAAGCAAUUGGUAGGAAGCUUGACGUACCUUACUACCACGAGACCAAACAUGAUGUUUGUCACCAGCCUCAUAAGCAGGUAUAUGGCAAAACCAAUUGAGCUUCAUCUACAAGCUGCGAAGAGAGCUCUUCGAUAUCUAAAAGAGAUUGUGAAUUAUGGCAUUCAUUACAAGAGAGGUGGAGAUGGUAAAUUGCUUGCUUUCACAGAUAGUAAUUAUGCAAGAGAUAUGAAAGAUAGGAAGAGUACAAGUGGCUAUGUGUUCUUGCUGAGUUCUAGUGUUGUAUCAUGGAGUUCAAAAAAACAACCAAUUGUUACGCUAUCUACUACGGAAGCAGAGUUUGUAGCAGCUGUAGUGUGUGCGUGUCAAGCAAAUUGGAUGAAAAAGGGUAUUGAAGGAGCUCGGGCAUGGUGA